AUGCCAAAGCACGAGUUCCUGACGCCGAAGGCUAUAGCCAACAGAAUAAAGGCAAAGGGCCUUCAAAAGCUACGUUGGUACUGUCAGAUGUGUCAGAAACAGUGCCGUGAUGAGAACGGUUUCCAAUGUCAUAUACGUUCGGAAUCUCACCAACGUCAAAUGGGUUUGUUUUCUGAGAGUCCAGAGAUGUAUAUGCAAGGAUACUCAAAGGAAUUUCUAGACGAUUUUAUAAAGUUGCUUUCGCGCAGAUGGGGAACAAAGCGAGUUCAUGCGAAUCUCGUAUAUCAAGAGUACAUAUCUGAUAGGCAUCAUUUGCACAUGAAUGCCACUCAGUGGGAGACUCUAACAGACUUCGUCAAAUAUCUUGGGAAGCAAGGUAUUUGUGCUGUCGACGAGACGUCGAAAGGAUGGUUUAUAGCUUGGAUUGAUAACAGCCCGAAAGCGCUUGCGCGACAGGAAGCAAUAUUGAAAAAAGAACGCCAAGAACAAUUAGACGAAGAGCAGUCACGAAGAAUGAUUGAUGAACAGGUCGAGAGAGCAACAAAAGAAGCUGCCGCUUCUGGCAUGUUGGAGAAGCUCUCCGAAAAUUAUACAGAACUAAAACGAGAAGCAGAAGAAGAGAAAAUAACGCUAAACAUCUCUGCUACAAUCUCUUCUACUCCAGCAUCCACAAUUACCGCUUCCUCCAACUCUUCUACAACUCCAACUUCUACAUCUGCCACACCGUCGCUUUCUUUGCAGAAACAAACACAGAAGAAAUCACUUAGUGCGCUAAUCAAAGAAUCUAACAUACAACCGCACAAGCCCCAGCCUCCGAAAGAAAAGGAACAGAGAAAACUUACAGCCAUGGAACAGAUAAUUCUUGAGGAGACAGAGAGGAAGAAGAGCAGGUUGAAGAGUCAUAUAGUAACUCUUUUAAACGAGACUAUAUAUCAUUCAAAAAUAGUGUCAUAUGUUUAG